AUGUCCAUCGUCAAGCGUGCUUUGGGCUUCGGCGGCGGCUACGGCCAGAGCAAGCCCGUGAUAAGCUACCACACCCACAACUCCGACUCGGUGACCACCGUCGUGACGGAGAUCAGCCACAUGAGCCUCAACGAGAAGCAGGCGGGGUACAAGACGGCCUCCCUCACGGAGCUGUGCAGCGAGGACGCCGAAGUGCAGAAGCACGGCUACGGGCAGCAGGCGUACGGGAGCGACGUCGGAGGCUACGGCGAGCAAAAGGUGUCGUCGUACCAGCAUGCGAGCGGCGCCGGAGGGUACAGCGCUCACCACCACGAAAGCUCCGUGCAGAAGCACGGCGGCUACGGUGGGCAGAAGGCGUCGUCGUACCAGCAUGGAGGCUACGACGCUGCCAGCCACGACAGCACAGGCGCCACGCAGAAGCAUGGCUACGGUGAGCAGAAGGCUUACCAGCAUUAUGGGGCUGAGGCCCACCAUGACAGCUCGGCGCAGAAGCAUGGCUACGGCGAGCAGAAGGCGUACGGUGGUCACCACCAGGACAGCAAGGUCCAGAAGAGCGGCUACGGCGGCGAGCAUACGGCGUACCAGCAUGAAGGCAAUCUCAAGGGGUACACCGCUCUCCACCAGGACAGCAAGGUCCAGAAGAGCGGCUACGGCGGCGAGCACACGGCGUAUCACCAGGACGGCAAGGUCCAGAAGCAUGGCUACGGCGAGAAGGCGCACGGCUACGGCGAGCAGAAGGCUUACGACAGCAAGGUCCAGAAGCACGGCUACGGCGAGCAGAACGCGUACGACAGCAAGGUCCAGAAGCAUGGCUAUGGCGAGAAGGCGCACGGCUAUGGCGAGCAGAAGGCGUACGAGCAUGGGAGCGCCGCCGCCGCCCUCCACCACGACAGCUACGGCGCCAUGAAGAAGCACGGCUAUGGCGGCGAGCAGAAGGCGUACAGCGCUGCAGCGGGAGGGUACGACGCCGUCCACCACGACAGCUCAGUGCAGAACUACGGCUACGGCGAGCAGAAGGCGCCGUACCAGCACGGGAGCGACGCCGGAGGGUACGGCCGUGCCCACCACGGCAGUGAGACGCAGAAGCACGGCUACGGCGGUGGGCAGAAGGCUUACGGGCACGGCGCUGAUGCCGGAGGGUACGACGCUGCUUUCCACCACGGUGGCGCGAAGCAGACGAAGCACGGCUACGGCGGCGGGCAGAUGGCCGGAGGGUACGACUCUGCUUUCCAGCACGGCGCCUAUGGCGGGCAGAAGGCGUCGUACGACGCGCUCGCCCAGAAGAAGCACGGGUACGGGCAAAAUGCGUACCAGCAGCAAGGGUGCGACGGCGGCGACGUCGCAGGGUAUGACGCUCUUGUCCAACGCCGGCAGAUGCAGAAGCAGCUGCAAUACAACCAGUUCGGGUGGGAGAGCGACGAAGAGAGCGACUGCGAAGACGAGGUGCUGGGCGGCGGAUACGGCGGCAGCACCGUGCCCGGCGCCACACAGUACUACUCCGCGUACGAGCGCCGCCAGCGGCUCGGCGGCGGGAGCCACUACGAGGCGGCGUACCAGAGCUCCACCACCCAGGGGUACUCCGGCGGCGGCUACGGCGGCGGGUGGGCGCAGCCCAUGAAGCACAGCUACUACUGA